UCCCAAGUUGCAAACUUGGUGGUAGACAAUUCUUAGUCUUACAUAGUAUGCUUCAACAAAAAAAAAAAGUCAUAAUUAACUAUCCAAUUUGCGCAAAUGAUCUCAGCUCAGCAGCCUCUUUGGCAGUUCCAAUCUGUAAAAUUGCAUCCCGACCGGUCCCCAACUCUGACUGUCCCCACGUUUUCAGGCUGUUUGCAAAUUUUCUCUCUCAUCUAAUCUCUCUCUGUCUCGGCCUCUCCUGUUCUGGUCCAAUCACUAGACCUUUCCCUUUCUAUGACUAAACACUAGCAAAAGAAAGUUCUUCAGUUUUGCCUCUUCUUGCCUUUAUCUUGCAGCCAUUGCACACACCUCACUUGCUCUUCUCUCUCUCUCUAUCUCUAGCAUUCUCUCUCUGAUCUUGAGAUAAUCGGAUGCAAGUGCAACUCCUGUUGUGUGUUCUUGGUCAUCGUCUUCAUCGAGUACAAACCCACAUGGUCCAGGCAGCCAAGCAGUACGUGCAGUAACUUUGCAGCAGUCGUUUCACCAGUUACAUUCUCAUCAGUAGUGCAUCGCCAUGGAUUCCCUGAUGUGAUUGGCAUGGGAGUGAGUGCUCGAACAAGCUGAAAAAUCUCUCCUUCACUGCACAUUGCAGCUGCUGCUGGUCUCUUUGAGGAGCUCUUGAUUCGAUUCGGAGGUUUAAUUUCUUGUGAGUUUCUUGAUGGAUUUGUGUUGAUUGAUCGAUUGUUUUUUGGGUGGAGAUUGGAUUGGAGAAGAGAUGAGCAUUCCGCACCUGUUCAGGUGCCCGAUCAGCCUGGACAUCUUCACCGACCCGGUGACGCUGUGCACGGGGCAGACGUACGACCGGCCGUGCAUCGAGCGGUGGCUCGCCGCCGGCCACCGCACCUGCCCCGUCACAAUGCAGCCGCUCGGCGACGCCACCGCGCUCGUGCCCAACCGCACGCUGCGCCACCUCAUCGAGCGCUGGCUGUCCACCGACCAACACCACAACCACCACCUCCCCGAGCCGGCGGCGCCGGCGGCGGAGGCCGAGGCCGACGCGGAGGAGCCGUCGCUCGCGGCGCUCAAGCGUUGCCUGCAGCAGCCGGACGCCGCCGGCGCCGGUAAGGCGAAGGUUGGCGCGCUCAAGAAGGUGAUGACGCUGGCGUCCGAGUCGGACGUCGGCCGCGCGUGCAUGGUCCAGCUGGGCUUCCUGCCCGUGCUGCUGCAGCUCGUGUUCCACGCGCCGGCGGCGCCGCCGUCGGAGCGACGCGGCGGCGAGGCGGCGGUGGUGGAGGAGCUCGCGCUGCAAUGCGCGCUCGGCCUCAUGCCGUCGAGCGCCGCCUCGCCGCAGCUCGGCUGCCUGAACGUGCUCAAGAGCGAGGCCAGCCUGGCGUCGCUCGUCGCCCUGCUGGAGCGCGGGCGGGGGCGGACGAGGGCGGGGCUGUGCCGCCUCCUCGAGGCCGUCGCCACGGCCGCCGCGACGAGGGAGCUGGCGCUCGUCGUGGCCGCCUCGCCGCGGGUGUGGCAGGCGCUCCUCCCGCUCCUGCGGCACGACGGCCCUGCGCCCACGCCCGCGCCGCCGCACGACGCGCACGCGGCGUCGGACGCCGCCGUGCGCGCCGUGGCGGCGAUCUGCGCGUCCGAGCCGGCGCGGGGCGGCGCCAUCCACCACGGCGCGGUCGGCGCGCUCCUCGGGCACCUCUCGUGGGCGGCGUCGGGGAAGUGCGCCUCCGGCGGCUGCGCCGGCGCCGUGCCGAGCGCGCUGGCGGCGGUGGAGGCGCUGGCGGCGUCGGAGGCCGGGCGCAUGGCGGUGGCGCGCGCCCCCGGCGGGACGCGGGCGCUGGUGAGGCACGUGUUCAUGAUGAACUCGAGCAACGACGGCAGCGAGCACGCGGUGGCGGCGCUGCUGGCCGUGUGCAGGGAGUCGCGGGCGGCGCGGAGCGAGGCGGCCGGCGCCGGCGUGGUGACGCUGCUGCUGCUGCUGCUGCAGAGCCAGUGCGGCGCCAGGGCGAAGGCCAAGGCCAGGUCUCUGCUCAAGCUGCUCAAAUCCAUGUGAAAAUGAUGAUGAAUCUUUUCUUCUAGAAUUAUUGUAGACGCCAUUGCCGGAGUUUAAGGUGGUAGAUGAUGAUGUUCUUGUAAGCUGUAAGUUUGUGCGUCAAGAAUGUCUUUGAUGGCAAAUGGCUUGUAAGCUGAUCGAAUGCAGCAAUUUCAUGGCUGGGAUAGACUAGAAAAAUGUCUCCCUUCUGCAUCUUCAGGUUCAUCUUCAAAUGCAGCGAGAGGCGCUAGAA